AACCUAUAAAGCGAGUACAGCAGUUUCCUUACUUUCCUUCAAGCCUCUUAGAUAUUUAAUUAUCACUUUUCCCCCUAAGAUAUUUAUUUCAUACAUCACACAUUAAACCGAACCUUUAACAACCCUCGUUAAAUUCCCAAUCUCAACCUCUUCUAAAUUCUAACACCAUCUUCAUCUUCAUCUUCUACUCCAAUUCUCUUCUAAAUCCUGCUAUGGACUCUUCUACGAUGUCGUUUUGGACUGACGAAAAACACGUUAACUACCUCAACACAAUGGAAGCUUCUUUCGUCCGUUCAAUGUUCCAGAACAAAACCUCUUCUUCAAAUCACAACCGUCCAAUUCUCAGACUCGAUCGGCACCUUCCAGAUAGUUCUGAAUCAACGCUUGAUUUGAAACCUCACAACCGAAGCCGCACCAGAAAAUACCAUGCACCGUCCUCAGCCUUUCCUUUCCACAGAUUUGAUUGGUUCAACAACGAGAAGAACGCGGAGGAGAACAUCUCAACCGUUCAAUUCAUCACAAGAUCAGGUGGUCCCACACGUAGAAAACGAAAGCAAAUGUGCUUAUAAUGGUGACAGCGACAAAGGAGCAGAUAGUUAAUGUUUAUUGUACUUGUUCUACUGAUUAGCAAGUUAAUUAUCAACGAUUCAAGAAAAGAGAUCCAUUUUUUUUUCACUGGUAGUUUAUUAUAAUGAUUCUAUGAUUCUAUCUCCUUUGAUUUAACUUAAUCAUUUUAAAGUGUAUCUAAAUGAGUUUUAUCUUUCAAAUCUUAGUACUUAUUCUAUGUGUUAUUUGAAGGAUACAAUUAAAAAAUCAAUUAAAAUUUGUAACAAAUACAAAUCACAAUUGUUAGAGAAGUUGUGUUUGUUGUUAUAUUUGAUUAUAGGUAGUUAUAAAUUAGUUAGUUUUGUUAAAGUUAGUUAAAAUUUGUUAGUCGAUUAUGAUCACUAUAUAAGGUGUAUUAUAUAUUUAUUGUAACAAUCAUCUUAU